AAUUUUUGUAUUUUUAGGGAUUUUUAUGAUUUACUUAUGACAGUAUGUUAAAUUUUUUUAUCCAAUUUUUUAAUCUGUUUAGAAAAUAGAAAUAUCAACGAACAUCGAUUAAAACACAUUUAUAAUAAUUGUGAUAUAUGUGAUAUAUGUGACGAUAUAUUAUAACUAAAAAUUAUGAAUUCAAUAAAUUAUUAUAAUGUACUUGGUUGUACUAAAGAAUCAACAGCUGAAGAUAUAAAACGAGCAUAUCAUGCAUUAGCUUUGAAAUUUCAUCCAGAUAAAAAUACAUCAGAAUUUGAUGGUAUAAAGUUUCAGCUUGUUUUAAAAGCAUGGCAUGUUUUGCGUGAUCCUAAAUUAAAAAAAGAAUAUGAUGCCAUACAAAAACAAGAAGAAUUAGAUUCAGAAAGUAUUUUGACAUAUGCAAAAAUAUCAGUGAAUGAAUUAGAACCAACAAAUGAUAAUGAAAAUAUAUUAAUUUAUCGAUGUAGAUGCGGAGGAUUAUAUUGCAUUCAAAAGGAAUAUAUUCAGGAAAAAAAUCAAUCAAUACAUAUACCUUGUUUGGAAUGUACUUUUUCUAUUAUCGUUGAAACAUGAUAUUUAUAUAAAGAGUACAAAAAUACGAGGUAAAAAAAAACAAGAUUUAAAAUGCAGCAACAUUUUCUAUUUCUUAUAAAAAAUGAUACAACAGAUAACACAUCAUUACAAAUAUAAACUAUUGAGCAAUAUACAAAUAAAAACACGAUUCUUAAAAUAUCCUAGGUUCAAUAAUAAAAAUUGCAUUUACACGAAUCGUGUUUUGCAUUGGCAAUUGAAGAUUACAAGAUUUAUUGUCAAUUAGAAUUAAUUGUAUAACUUGUAUAGCUUAUAUAAUUUCUAUAAUGAGAAAGGGAUAUAUAAAAAACUAAUUUAUUAUAAAAAUCUAUAGAUUUGCAACUUAUUUCAAUUUUGUUGAUAUUUAUAACUUUGGACAAAUUUAUAACUUAUUUAUGUUUAUUUUUAAAUAAUUGAUUUUAUAUUGUUUAAUUGAUUCGUGCAUAUUGCACAAGAUAGAUUUGCAACUCUUAUUAUUGCACCAUGGCAAAACCAGACUUGUUACUAAUGUCAAAAAAUCAAUAUAUUUUAUUUAAAUAUAGACAAUCCAAUUAAAUUACUAUCACGAAUAUUCAAUUAACCCUGGUUGUCUAGUCAGCGAACAAUAAAUAGCAAUUGUUUUUUGAACAUGUUACGCAUGGAAAAUCAAAUACUAAAUUGAUAAAUAUUUGAUAACAUAAAAUAUAUAAAUUUUUUUUUUACAUUUAUAUUUGUACAAUCAUUCCAUUUAAUUAUAUUUAUAGAAUGAUAUUGAAAAAUAAUAAAACAUCUAUAUUGUGUUGUAAUAUAGACAAAUUAUAAAAUGUUUAAUAAAACUAUUCAUAUAUAAUAAUUUGAUCUUGCUUGUAUAUUUAUUAUAUAUUAUUUUUUCUUUGUUGCUUUCUUCAAAUAUGUAAUUGUAAUGUAUAAUUAUAUUUGUAACAAAAAAUGCAAGAGAAAUAUUAUUUCAUAUUUUUAAAAACUUCUAUUAUAAUUUAAAAAACUUUUGCAACGCAUAUCAUAACAUAAAUGAAUACUAUAAAUGAACGCAUUUACAUGUAUAUUAUGAAUUAGUAAAUAUAAAAAGAUGAGAUCAAUGAAAUUUUUUUUUAUAUUUAAAACUAUAACAUGAAUAGUUAUUUCCGUCACGUAACACGUUCAUUAAUAUUCUGAUUAACGAAUAACAAAAAAUGGUCCAAGUUUCAAUGUAAUAUAACAUUAGUAUCAAUAAAGUAUUAGAAAUCGCUAUGAUUUCUUCAAAACAUAUUUUUAAACCAAGAAAAAUUAAUUAUAAAUUAUACAAUUAAUGAUUAUUAAUCGUAUAAUUUCAUAUGAACAUCUAGGCAUAAACAGAUGAUAAAUUGAUGCAAAUAAAACAAUAUGAAAAAAACGCAACAACGUUCAUUUCAUUAAAAAAUUAUUAAAUAUUGAUUAUAUCAAUCCAAUAAAUUAUGCACAAUUCCCAUAAUAAUUAAUUUAAUUAAAAUAAAUGAAAAAUUUAAAUAAGCUACAUGAAAUAUAGCAAAGAAGAACUUAUUGUACAAAGAAUAUUUUUAUGGUUAUUUUCUUUUUUUUUCUCUCUUCUGUCCUUGAAUUUUUUAUCAUUAUCAUUAUUAUUAUCAUUUAUUUCUUUUUCAAAAUGUGAGAUUCUUUAAGCAAUAUUUUUAUCUAUAAGCUUGACAAAUAUGGUACGAAAUCUUUCUUUUCUGUAAUUUAAAAAUACUUUCCUAAACGCCCAUACAAAUUGUUAUAUGCAGAUAAUGUUCAUGGUGGGCUAUCUUUCAUUUAAAUUAGCGAUUUCUUUUAAAUUUUAUAACAGCAAUAAUACAGUAAUACACUUAUAAGCUCCUCGUUCUUCGUAAUUUGUUGAGUCUUUAAAAUCUCAUAUUUGUACACCACG